AUGCUGAAGCAACUACAUGUGAAUAUUCCUUUCACUGAGGCAAUCACCCAGAUGCCUGGAUAUGCUAAAUUUUUGAAGAAAGUUUUAUCCAGCAAGAGAAAAUUGGAGAAAACAUCAGUAGUCAAGUUGAAUGCUCAUUGUAGUACCAUCCUUCAAAAUAAAUUACCUCAGAAAUGUGGUGAUCUAGGUAGUUUCACUAUUCCAUGUGCGUUAGGGGUUGCUAGAUUUGAGAAAUCCUUUUGUGACUCAGGAGCUUCUAUAAACCUCUUACCUUUGCCCAUAUUCAAAAAGUUGGAAGGAGAGCUCGAAAUCAGAAAAUCUAUCCCAAUAUCCUUACAGUUGGUUGACCAAUCCACCAUUAUUCCUGAAGGGAUAGUUGAAGAUGUUCUAGUUCGGGUGGACAAGUUUGUGUUUCCAGUAGAUUUUAUCUUAGUGGACAUGGAAGAAAAUAAGGAGGUUCCAUUAAUUCUUGGCCGACCAUUCCUAGCUACUGAUAGAGCAAUACUUGAUGUGUAUGAAGGGAAACUGAUGCUUAGAGUUGGAGAGGAAAAGGUAGCAUUCAAUAUGAAGAAGGUGGAUGAGCUCACAUUUAAGAUAACCAAGUCGGAUAAAAAGAUCAUAGCAUGGGUGUGUGCGCUUGGCCAAGCCCGCACAAGGGAGCCAAACACUAUUUUCGACACCAACUAA